AUGGCAAGCUCAAGGACGGCGACAAGACAAGAGCUCGUCCACCUCGCCUUUCCCCCUCCCUCGCCACCACCACCAACCGUCACUCUCCAUCGCUCAAUCUCUCGUCUAGCCCCCUUCUCUGCCCCACCCCUUCCGCACCACACCGUCAACUUUGCCACCAUGUCGCUCCCCGAGAUGCCCAAGGGUCGCUUCAACAUCGUCGCCCGGAUCGAGGGCAAGGGACCCAAGGAGACCGAGGAGCUGGCCCAGGUGCUCAAAAGGGUCGUCGAGCGCGCCAACUCGGACGAGGAGCCAAACACCCUCUUCUACAAGGCCCACCGCUCCGCAAAGGACCCAAACGUCCUCCUCGUCUACGAGGAGUACGACAACAAGGGCGGCAGCGUCGCCAUGGACGCCCACCGCGCCGGCGCCGACUUCCAGCAGCUGUUUAAGCUGGUCCCCACCCACACCAACAACGUAUCGAUCGAGGUGUUUGAGGGCAUCUAA